GCAAAAUCAUCUUCACAUCCGCCUCUUCCUCCAGUCCACCCAAACUUUCACCACCCUCGCCGUACGAGCUCAACGCCCUCUCCCUCCAAGAUGGAUUCCAGCAAGACCCCCGUCAAGCUCGUCAAGGUGACCCGUGUCCUCGGCCGCACCGGUUCCCGUGGUGGUGUCACCCAGGUCCGCGUCGAGUUCAUGGACGACACCUCCCGUUCCAUCAUCCGUAACGUUAAGGGCCCGGUCCGGGUUGACGACAUUCUCUGCCUGCUCGAGUCCGAGCGUGAGGCUCGCCGUCUCCGUUAAAAAUUCCAAAACGGCAAUUCAACUCGCGCCAUGUCUUUCGUCUCUCUCUUUCUCUCGCAUAUCCCUCACGUCCGGUUUUCCUUGAUCGUUCUUCGGCCAAAAAUGUGUCCCCGCUUUUCUUUCUUGCCGUACCUCUGACUCCCCGACUCCUCAACCUCGUCCGCCGCGCCGUCCAUUUCAUGCACCUCUCGAUUUGAGGCCGUCCUUUCCGAUGAUCGAAUGCAGGUGAAUGGAUAUGGGUGGAUGGAUUCUUGGGUUUCCCCCCAAGAUCCCAGAAGUCGAUCACUGGUUUUCCGAACGGGAGAGAGAGAUGGAGAGAAACGAGCAGACCUUUUGUUCAAAUGAGAAAUGAAAUGAGGUUGCGCGAUGGCUGGUUUGUGGAUUUGUGGGAUUGGUCUGGUCUGGUUUGGUCUGGUGUUUUAUUACAUACACACUUCCAUUUUGGCGUGCUUUGCAUGGGCUUAAUGCGACAAA